AUGUCUUUACCAGCUGAACCCUACGUCGAACUUCCCAAACACAUGUACCAGAAAGGGGUCAAGCAUUUGUGCGAGAACGGUGUGACACAAGUUCCACACAAGUACAUACUACCCCCUCAAGAGAGACCAGUAAGUUUAGUCGUUAAUGACUGCAUCCACUUACCCGUUAUCGAUUUCACACAGCUUCAAGGCAUGGACAGAAGCCGAGUCCUUAAAGUUCUCUCUAAAGCUUGUCGAGAGUUUGGAUUCUUCCAGGUGGUAAACCAUGGGAUUGCAGAUGAAGUGAUUGGUAAGAUGAUAGACGUAAGCAAAAGGUUUUUCGAGCUCCCUUUUGAAGAAAGACAAAGGUACAUGUCGAAUAAUUUGUCUCAACCAGUUCGAUAUGGCACUAGCUUCAACCAGAAUAAUGAUGGAGUCUUCUGUUGGAGAGACUUCUUGAAGCUAAGUUGUCACCCCAUGCAAGAUUUCGCUCCUCUUUGGCCUUCUUCUCCUGUUGAUUUGAGGGAAGCAGUGGGUGAGUACUCAAUGAAAACCAGGCAUUUGUAUGAAAGGGUGAUGGAUGCAAUACUCGAAAGCCUUGGGCUUACCGAUGAGAAAGUGCUUUCGAAAGAUGGUAGUCAGCUUGUCAUGGUGAACUGUUACCCUGCAUGCCCACAGCCUGAACUCACACUUGGUCUCCCGCCUCAUUCCGACUAUGGGUUGCUCACCCUUCUGCUUCAGGACCAAGUUGAAGGUCUUCAAAUACAACACAACGACAGAUGGGUUACUGUUAAACCCAUUCUGAAUUCAUUUGUUGUCAAUAUUGGUGACCAGUUUGAGAUCUUUAGCAAUGGAAGGUACAAGAGUGUGGUUCAUAGGGUUGCAGUUAAUUCCAUGCGGUCUAGACUCUCUGUGGCAUCCUUACACAGUGUAAACGAAAAUGUUACACCGUCACCAAAGCUCAUUGACUAUUUGAAUCCUAAACGUUAUGAAGAUACAAACUAUGCCGAUUUUCUAGACUAUCUUACGUCAUCGGAAUUCAAGUGCAAAAGAUUUCUAGAAUCAAGGAGGAUACAUUAA